CAAACAACAUGAUGAAACUCAUUGUCUUCGCAGCACUUUUCGUCGCGGCUAUUGCCGAGAAACCCUAUUUAGGUUUCAACUUGCCCAUAUUUUCUACCCGUAUCACUGGUGGAACAGACGCAAAUAAAAACGAAUUUCCUUAUCAAGUUUCCUUGCAAUAUGGUUUAUCUUCAUCAAGUCUUAAACACUUUUGUGGUGGAUCGAUCUUAAACGAACAAUGGAUUUUAACUGCUGGACAUUGUGCUUUGGCUGUACCAAGUUUCGGAAUAUUUGCAGUGAAAGCUGGAAAACAUAAUAUUGCACACACCGAAAGUGGUGAACAACAAAGGAUUGUAGUUAAACAAAUCGUACAUGAAAACUAUCUCGGUGACGUUAAUCCAUACGACAUUGCUCUAUUGAAAUUGAAUGCACCAUUGAAUUUCAACAGUGUAGUAUCCCCAAUAAAAUUACCAGCGGCCGGAUCAAUUCCAACAGGUACUAGCGUUCUCAGUGGUUGGGGAUCAAUAUCAACUUCUUCAAUCGCUGAAAUGCCAGACAUUUUACAAAAAGCUAAUCUUCCACUGAUCGAUAUUAGUACAUGUCGUCAAGCUAUGAAUAAAGUUAUUGGAUCAACACCACUUCACGAAACUAACGUUUGCACUGGGCCUUUAACCGGUGGAUAUUCAGCUUGCAGCGGUGAUUCCGGUGGUCCUCUUGCCAUUAAGAGCGCGGCUAAUGGUGUUGAAGUAAUAGGUGUUGUUUCUUGGGGUGUUAUACCAUGUGGUACUCGUGGAGCACCAUCGGUUUAUACCAGAGUAUCUGCAUUCAACAGUUGGAUCGAAAAUAAAAUUAAAAGCAAUUAAUUAAUUGUUCAUUUGACAUUAUCAUUAAUUCGACACAUUUCGAUCAAUCACAUUAAAUUUUAAUGAAAUUAUUUUAUUGAAUAAAAAAAAAACCUUUUGAAAA